GCGUUACCGGGCUCUGGGUCUGGAGACUGUCUAGCUCCAGGCGGCGCCCCCGCGUGACUGAGCUUUACAUAAUCAUCUCCUUGUGCGUCAGAGUGGCGUACUAAAGCCCAGACUGAAGGAGAGUAGUCAAAAGCUCGGUGUUCCGCCCCUUUUCGUGAUCGACAUCAAAGUGAACCAGUGAACCGGCUUCCAGAGCCCUCGCGCCCGCCUCGGUUUUCCCCGGCCCGCCCGCGCCUGUCUGCGCCCGCCCAGGCCCUCCCGCAGCCCGCAGCCCGCAGCCCGCUGCUGCCACCAGGUUGUCUCUCAGACUGUCAGAUAAAGCAGCAGGCCGGGCCGGCAGGGCGGUGAGCACGGCCCGGGCCAGACAUGGCGGCGCUCUACGCCUGCACCAAGUGCCACCAGCGCUUCCCCUUCGAGGCGCUGUCUCAGGGGCAGCAGCUGUGCAAGGAAUGUCGGAUUGCACACCCUGUUGUGAAGUGCACCUACUGCAGGACUGAGUACCAGCAGGAGAGUAAAACCAAUACGAUAUGCAAGAAAUGUGCUCAGAAUGUACAGUUGUAUGGAACGCCCAAACCUUGUCAGUAUUGCAACAUAAUUGCAGCAUUUAUAGGCAAUAAAUGCCAACGCUGCACAAAUUCAGAGAAGAAGUAUGGACCACCAUAUUCUUGUGAACAGUGCAAACAGCAGUGUGCGUUUGACAGAAAGGAUGAUAGAAAGAAGGUAGAUGGGAAAUUGCUGUGCUGGCUGUGCACACUUUCAUACAAACGUGUCCUUCAGAAGACCAAAGAGCAAAGGAAGCACCUGAGCAGCUCUUCUCGGGCCGGCCACCAGGAGAAGGAGCAGUACAGCCGCUUAAGUGGCGGCAGCCAUUAUAACAGCCAGAAAACACUUUCUACAUCUUCAAUUCAGAAUGAAAUCCCAAAGAAAAAAUCCAAGUUUGAAUCAAUUACAACUAAUGGAGACAGCGAUGCUUCCUCUUACGAGCUGCUUUGUCCUAAUAUCCAGAAUGCCCCAUCCAUGUUGGUGCAAUGGGCUGCUUCCCAACAGCGUCUUGGGGCCAACCAUUUUCCUGUUCCUCCAGGCCCGGGCAUCUUGAACUUUUCUCCAGACCUGGCUCUGGACUCACCAGGCACUGACCAUUUUGUCAUCAUCGCCCAACUGAAGGAAGAGGUGGCUACUCUGAAGAAGAUGUUGCAUCAAAAGGAUCAGAUGAUUUUAGAGAAAGAGAAGAAGAUUACAGAGCUGAAGGCUGAUUUUCAGUACCAGGAAUCUCAGAUGAGGGCCAAGAUGAACCAGAUGGAGAAAACCCACAAAGAAGUCACAGAACAAUUGCAGGCCAAAAACCGAGAGCUCCUGAAGCAGGCAGCUGCCUUGUCCAAGAGCAAGAAGUCUGAGAAGUCAGGAGCUAUAACCUCUCCAUGACAGACCACAGGCUGCUCCCCAGCAACAGCAAAUGGAGUCACCUUGGGUUAGGGUCGGAGACCUGGCUGUUCUCUGGGAACUGCAGGCUUUCUUACAAAAUCUCUAUUUUAUUAUAGUUACCCUUUUUGUGGUGGGCUGAAUGGAAACACCUGGUUUAUGCUGUGUUAGGACUGCAUGCUUGAGUGUUUGGGUUUCAGGCUUGCCUCUUCUUUCUCUCAUCUGCUCCUUCUACUCUUCUUCCUCCUCUCUACCUCCUGCCUCUCCUGUCUUCCUUUCUCUCUUUUUCUUCCCCCACCCCCCCGCCUCCUUCUUUGUCUCUGUUUUGGUACUACUCUUUGUCUUUUUUGUGGUGAUCACUGCUCAGUGUUAUGUGCAGAAUGAUUUUUUUCUGUCCAUCAGUGCAUCCUGCCAUACCCGUGAGCAAACAGUUUGGCAUUAAUUAUCUAUCACUGCCACCUCUGAACUUUGGAAAACUGCCACUUUAAGACUGGUACAAUGAGAGAGGUUUCCUCUCUCCAAUAAACCUUUUGCUUCAGGGUAUACUCUUGGGUUUUUUUCCAGGUAUAUUAUGUAUGAACUUUGUACUAUGUAUAGCCAGAGUUUUAUUUAUUUUUUAAAAAAAGAAACUUUUUCUUGACAAAGGAACAGUGGUAGCCUAGAUAGUUCUUGUAAAAGUGAUGCCUCUUUGCGGGGGAGGGACAGUCCUAUUCUCUAGCUUUUAGUAAAAGAAUCAGAUCUUUUGUUUCUUACUUUAGAGUCUUUAAAACUGAUUGCUAAGCUGAAUUUAAUGCAGAAGUGUGGAGUUAAGUGCCUUUUGGAGGAUUUCUUAGAAGAGCAUUUAAGGAGAUACUUAAAGGUGGUUGCAAAGAUUUGAACAGUCUGUCUUUUUAAGUAAGGGCAGAAAGAAUGGUUGUCCAGGUUGUACUGGACACUUCCCUCCCCCACCCCUUUCCUUAUUCUUUUACAUGAUUGAUUUUAAAGUCUCACACUGCCACUUCCUUUUGUUUUUUAAUACCCUUUACCUUCUUAUCAGUUGUCAUACUGAGCUAUUGUCAGAAAACUCUUUUUACAUGAGCAGAUUCAAAAUGGGGUCUUGGACAGGGGGCAUAGCUCAGUGUAAAGGCACUGAGUUCAAUCCUCAGUAAUGAAAAAAAAAACAAGAUGGGGUCUUUGAACUAUAGAGCAUUUCUGGGGUCAGUACAAGCUACUGAAGAAUAGGCUGUGGGUCUUACUGGGAGAAACGAUGUCACGGUACCUUCUUCCCACUCCUCUGCACCCACCCCAGCCUGUACACUUCCUGUACAGUGGAAAUGUAUUGGAAACAGGUGCUUCUUAGAGGCCAGGUGGCUUUGACCAGAGUCGGGAGUGCUGUGUUUCUCUUCACCCAAUAGGCAUGUGGAUUUACUUUUCCAGGAAAGGGGAUACAUUUGCAUUGUUAGCCAUACUCUCAGGUCCUUAAUGUGAUAUUUCUGAAAGAAAUUAGGGAUGUGUAGUAUGUGCCAUGAAACAGGACAGAACUAACUACCCUAGAGUCAUUAAUGCAAAGGGGCAUUAAAGGUAAUCAUGAGGGCAGAUGACAUUUGCACCUCAGUCUACCAAAACUGUAGCAGUAAAUUUAACUUGUUAAAACCAAAUGUUCCAUAAUUUAAAAUAGCAUUUGCGUUAAAUGGAGCCAUGCACAUAAUUGGACAAAGAUACAAAAUGGAUGGCUUCCUUCUGAUACAAUGGACCAUGUUAUUUAUAUAUCACCUAGUAGGGGAUGUAAUUUUUUCCUUCUAAGCAAGGGAAACUACAGUGCUAAAUAGUUCUGUAACUUUUUGAAUGAGAAACUUUUAGGUAGAGAUAAAACCGUCAGAUAAUAUUUUUCAGAUGCAUUUGCAUUGGGAAAAGAUUGUGAAAAAAAUGACAGUCAUGAUUUUUUUUAAAUUUCAAAGACUGAGAAAUUCUGUUAUGUGAAGUAUGACAAUAUAAAAAACACAUUUAGUUUUAUACUAAAUCUCUUUUUAAUGGCUUGGCAUUUAAUAUAAAGCAAAUCCACACAUUUUCUAACUUUCCAUAAGUUCUUAAAAGGGAAAGAAGAAAACUCAGUCUUAAAAUUUGGUUUUUAAAAAUCAUGAUACUGUUUACCAUAAAAUUGAGUAGCUAACUUUUGGUAACACCUUUUGUUUCUUUGUAUGUUUAUAAUAAUGGACAUUUUAAAACACAGGAAUGUUUUGGUUUGUACAGACUUUGACAAAUGUGUGUUAAUAAAAAUUCAUAUUGACAAGUAAAA